UACUUAUGUUUUAAAGUUACUUCUUGUAUUCUAAAAUUAUGAUCUCUCAUGUUUGAAUUGCUAUACACUAAUGUUCUAAAUUAAUUUUUUGUUAUGUUCUAAUGUAUGUUUAUUAUGUUCUAAAAUAGACUUUUUUUAUUAUAUAAUGUUCUAAAUUAUGUUCAAAAGUUUAAAUAUUAUACUAAAUGUUUUAAUCUUCUAUGUUCUAAAGAUUGACUAUUAUAUUCUAAAUAUAGCUGUAUUGUGCUUUAAAUCUUACAUUUUUCAUUAUAAUUCUAGGUUGACAGAAAACUUGGUUACGAAUUUUGACACGGAGAGAUGUUGUUUGAUGUUACCAAAGAGAAAACAAGAAAUCUUUUUGGAGGCAAUUGAUGUUCAUUUGGCUUAUGGGUUGCCAUUGGGAGGCAAAAGGAUUGAGCAACCAAAUGAUGAGUCAAAUCUGAAAUGGAGCAAGUUUCUAAAAGCUUGGAGAAGCAAGUUUGGCCUCAAAAAAGGAAGUCCAACCAACAAGAGAUUGAUUGACAGAAUUCAAGAAUUGAAGAAGGAAAAAUCAGUUUAUGAUGAAUUUCUUUGGAACUUUGUGGUAUGUGUUGUCAAUUGUUGCAUUCGAUCAACAAACAACCCACAACUAUACAUUAAAUUCUUGUAUAGUUGUAUGGAUGUAAAGAAAAUUGCUGAAUUGGAUUGGUGCACAUUUGUGAUUGAGCACUUGAAAGAUUCUGUAAGUGUAUGGAAGAAGGGAAAUUCUUACUUUACAGGUCCUUUACCUUUUCUAAUGGUAUUCUAUUUUGAUCGUCUACAAAGAGGAUGGUUAGAAAAACCAAGAAAAUGUCCACUAAUUUCGGUGUGGACAAAGGAAAGGAUUCAAGUGAGAUAUAAGUUUGAAAAAGAUCAUGGAUUUGGAUAUGGAAAACUCUUGGAAAGAAUGGAAUCAAUUGUGAAGGCACCAAAAGGAAAAAAGAAACAACCAAAACAAAAGGAAAAAGAGAAGAGAAUGGAAAAAUCAUCAAUAGGUUCUAGUUCUACAACUUCUCGAAAUGACAUGAUGGGCUUUUUGAGCAAAUUUGGAGAUUUGGCAAAAACACUUGCCUCGAAUGUUAAAGAGAUGUAUGGCAUGUUAGAACAAGCAAAAGAUCUUUUUGUUGAGGAAGAAACAACAAGAAAAAUGCAACAUCUCAUAGACAACAUAUGGUGCAAGUACACAACAAAGUUAUUAUAA